CCCAUAUUAGACACAUCCGACCUUGAAGGGGGGGGGGAUGUCUGGUCACAUGCGGCCCGGAGAUGUGGAGGAUCGGCGGCCGCUGCUGCUCGGCGGAGGAAGUCACCUGGAGCCGGACGAGCUGGACUCAGACGAAGGUGAAAUCAUCUUUGACAGGUGCAGGUCAGACUUGAAACAUGAAGCCGGGGGAAGUGCAGAGAGAAAAUUAACAUAUGAGGAAGCAAUGGAGGAAGCAGGUUUCGGUUUGUUUCACUGGCUGCUGUUGGUGGUUUGUGGUUGGGCCAACGCCAGCGACGCCGUGGAGAUUCUCUGCGUGUCUUUCCUCCUGCCAACGGCGCGCUGUGAUCUGCUGCUGACCUCCUCAGACAUGGGCCUGCUGACUGCCAGCAUUUUCCUGGGAAUGAUGGUGGGUGGCUACAUGUGGGGCUACUUGGCUGACCAGAGGGGGCGUCGCCGGGUCUUGGUUGUGUCCCUGACAGUUAAUGGGGUGUUUGGAGGUCUGGCCUGUGUGGCUCCGUGGUUCUGGCUCCUGCUGCUGCUGCGGAUCAUCAGUGGCGUAGGGGUGGGCGGGUCAAUCCCUGUUAUCUUCUCGUACUUCUCAGAGUUUAUGCCCCGACGGCGGAGAGGAGCAAUGAUCAGCAGUCUGGCCACUUUCUGGAUGGCAGGAAACAUCCUGGCUGCAGGUCUGGCCUGGCUGGUGAUUCCCAGUACCUGGGCACAUUUUUCUCUGGGGACACUGGACUUCCAGAGCUGGAGACUGUUUGUGCUGCUUUGCUCCAUUCCCAGUCUCACCUCAGCCCUAGUAUUCAGGCAGCUAAUGCCAGAAAGCCCCAAGUUCCUCAUGGAGGCUGGUCGAGAGAAAGAAGCAAUCCAUGUUUUCAGAUUGAUGUUUAAGCUGAACAUGAGGGGAAAAGCAAAAUCUUUCCCGGAAUUCGGUUUGUGUACAAGCUCCAAGCACAGAGAAGUGGAGGAGACCAGAGCUCAGGGUUCAUAUCGAGAGCGACUCUCAAUUAUUUUGAAAAAGGGCCUGUCGCCCAUUAAACAAAUGUUUAAUGGUUCCCUCAAAUCAAGGAGCAUCACUCUGCUCAUCAUCUUCUACUGCAUCGCCUUUGGUUACUAUGGGCUGUGGAUGUGGUUCCCAGCGUUGUUUGCGAGAAUGGAGGAUGGCGGUUCGCCUUGUGCCAACGUGUCCCUCUCAUCUCCUCUCCACAACCAAAGCUGCUACCCGGUCAAGACAGCGGUGUAUAUGGAGGGUUUCAUCAUCGCUGCAUCAAACCUGCCUGGCAACAUCUUCACCAUCCUAAUGAUGGACAGCACUGGAGGAAAGUCACUACUGUGCUGCAGCUUGGUGGUGUCCAGUCUGAGCGUCUUCCUCAUCUAUGUGGUCCAAACCAAAGCCCAGAGUCUGAUCCUCUCCUGUGUGUUCAGUGGCGUGUCCGUCAUCGCCUGGAACGCCCUUGACGUGGUGGGAACAGAGCUCUACCCGACACAGCUACGGUCCUCGGCUCUCGGCUUCUUCACAGGCGCGGCCCGUGUGGCAGCGAUCAUGGGUAAUAUGGUCUUUGGGAUGUUUGUGGACAAGAACUGUGCCGUGCCGGUGCUGCUGGUCUCUGCUCUGCUGCUGACCGGAGGACUGGUGGCUCUGCUGCUGCCACAAACCAGACAGACUGAGCUCACCUGAUGGCCGACAUUUUAUAUCAACAAGUUAUCAUAAGAAAGGGCACUGGGGGAUUAGUGAUGUGCCCUUUGUCACCUCUCUUUGCCUUUUUAAGGUGCCUUAUCUAGAAUACCAUGAAAAAGCAGCAGCAGGCGCUCUUGAGUGAGAAGGACAAGAAAGGCAGUUGUACCACAAUCUACAUUGUAACAUUGUAAGAAUGAAAAUCUUAACCAGAUGGGAACUCUCAGGAAUACUUGAACUGAAAAAAAAGAUGUCCCCUAAUGUUUUUGUCAACCUUGACAUGAAAAGUUUCUUGAAGGAUGUAUCAGAAUCUUUGUGGUAUGUUUGAGGAUUUGGUUACUCAAUGGUUUUAGGUGAAUUAUUAGAUUCCUAGAUGUGUCUGAAAUGUCUUUAAAAAAAGAAACACUCCAGAUCUUUCCAGGCUGACCUGCACAUUCAUUCUAAUACAGAGGUGUCAUUCUUCCCUGCACAAAGUGGACCAAACCGUUUAAUCAUUUAGCAAUAAACCAAAGAUUUCCAGUUCCAGGACCAAAACAAGUACAAAUGAGCCUGCGUGGCCGCGUUUACCAUCAUCUCAAAGUUCUCUAUUUGAAAUUACUACUGAAGCGUAAGUAAAAAAACUCUACUUUUCAUUUCAGCAGCGUCUUGGUGUCCUUUUAUCUGUACAUGUACUGUCAAACAGCUGAGCCAAUCGCAGCUGACACUGGGCUAGAGGCGGGCUACACCCUGGGAAUGUCGCAAGCAUAUCACAGGAACAAUGUUGCCCUCCCGUCAGUGUAUGGUGGUGAGAUGCAUUAAAUUAAGGACAGCAUACAAUACACCUCAAAUGCAGUUAAAACUAACGCAUGUUGGUCUCUUAUGCAUUCUUUUUUCAGACUUUCAGAAGCUGUGCAAUUCACAGAUAUGCUGGUAUUAUGAUGUGAAAAAGGGUUUCUGUGAGACAUUUCCAACUAAAUCAAACGUGAAAUAGUCAAACUUGGAAUAAUACUUUUUUCCUCAUGCAUCAGAACAAUUUGGACCAACAGCUAUUGAUAAAAAACAAUAAUUAUCAAUUCAAACCAUUGUUUAAAGUUGAAAUGGUUUUAAAAUACAUGCAAUGUCAACAAAUUAAAUCUUACAUUGUUCUGAAUAAAACUGAUAAUGAAAUCAUGUUUAGUUAACACAAUUUUAAAUAAAUGAUUUAUAAACAUGUUAUUUUACAGCUGAUAAAUUCAAUUGAAACAA